AUGACUGAAUCCACCUUCAAACAAUACUUUCUCCCAGAGAAGAAUGGCUUCGACUGCCUCACCCUUCGCGAUGUUCCAAAAGAACCUCCCAAAUUUGGACAGAUCCUUGUUAAGAUCAAAGCCGUGUCCCUGAACUGGAGAGAUGGCAUUCUUGCCAUGGGCACCUAUCCGUUUCCUGGACCUGAUGCUUUGGUGCCUGGAAGUGACGGAGCUGGAAUUGUAGAGGAGGUUGGAGAAGGUGUCACGGAAUGGAAGGUUGGAGAUCGCGUCCUAGCCAACUUCACGCAAGACCAUCUCGCUGGACGACUGAACCAACAUACUCUCCUUACCCAACUUGGUGGCGAAAUCCAAGGUCUACUAGGAGAGUAUUUCAUCUUCCCCAAGACAGGUUCUGUGCGCAUACCGGACUAUCUCACCUUUGAAGAGGCCUCGUGCCUCCCCUGUGCUGCGUUGACAGCAUGGAAUGCCCUGUAUGGUCUUAUUCCCAUUCGACCGGGACAGACUGUUCUUCUUCAGGGAACGGGUGGAGUAUCGACAUUCGGUCUACAGAUUGCGCACGCAGCAGGGGCUACUACAAUUGUGACAUCCUCUUCGGACGAAAAGCUCGCCAAAGCAAAGGAGCAAGGUGCGACGCAUGGCAUCAACUACCGCACAACCCCCGACUGGGCUGCAGAGGUGAAAAGAAUCACCAACGGCCAUGGUGCAGACCACAUCAUCGAGGUUGGAGGAACUCUCACCCUGCAGGCCUCAUUUGAUGCGAUUGCAUUGAAUGGCCUCAUUCAUUGCAUUGGCCACAUCACGAAUCCGGAUCCGCUCGGCGCAGGCAAGGAUCUUCGAGGUCCGGAUGCAGCUUUUUUGGCACUAGAUCGUCUGUGUAUUGUACGUGGUGUUGUGGUUGGAUCGAGGGAGCAGUUGCAGGACAUGUUGGCCUGUUUUGAGGCCAAUCCGAUUCGGCCUGUUAUCGAUCGAGUGUUUGGCUUUGAGCAGGUGAGGGAAGCGUAUGAAUAUCUGUGGAAGUCUACGCAUACAGGCAAGAUUGUUAUUCGGGUUGAUUAA